UCAACACAUUGAAAUCCUUACACAUCCACGUGCCCAAAGCGGUUUUAACCGGCCACGACGCAGAACUAAUGUGCACCUACGAGCUGGAAGGUGCACAGCUGUACUCCAUCCGAUGGUACAGGAAUAUGAUCGAGUUCUACCGGUUUGUGCCUAAGGAGUCGCCUGCGACUAAAGUAUUUCCAGUAGCUGAGAUUAAGGUUGAUGUAGCAGCAUCAGACCAAAACCGAGUGGUGUUAACUGAAGUAGACCGCACAUUGACGGGGGAGUACCAGUGUGAAGUUUCUGCAGAUGCACCUCUAUUCCAUACAGAUAUUAAAGCUGCUAUGAUGGUAGUCGUCGAACCGCCUCUAGCAAGUCCAAACGUGACGUCAGAUCGUAUCUCCUACAUCGGUGGUGACCACAUCAGGGCGAACUGCUCGUCACCACCUUCUCUACCCGCUGCCAACAUCACGUGGUACGUCAACGAGCAAAUGGUGCCCGGUUUCACAGCGAACCACGUGCUGAACUUCAGCAACGGCUACGCGUCCAGCUUAGCAACGCUCGAGUUGGAGGCCGCCGUGCAUUCCCCAGUGCCUACACUCAUGAUACGGUGUGAAGCGUCAAUUUUCGACGUAUGGAGGUCGACAAGUCACACGAUAGUAUUACGAGAGAGGAACGCAAAUCCUGCUUCUGCUUUGGGCAGAAGUUUUACAGGAGCUGCGACAGAAACCUGCCUGCCAACAAUAAUGGUGUUGCUUCUCCAAUUCUUCCUACAACUUCUUCUCCAGAGGUACAGCGGGACGUCAAUAAGAUAGCUGUAACGCUACCAUGUUAUGUAGACUAAAUAAUUUGUACGUGUAAUACGAAAUUUAGAUACGUCAGGGUUUGAAGAUAAAGUGUUGGUACAUGAAUGGAGAUAAUAUGUAUAAGUGUUAAGAAUUAUUUUCCUUUUUUAUGAAUUUGACUAUCGAACAUUCUAAUAUUUUUUCUGACAGUUGAAAUAGUUUGGAUGCCUGUUAUUUUCUUUCGUAAUUGUUAUUUUUAUUUUGAAAAUGGAAUUGAGCGUAAUUCAAUUGUUCCGAUGUUUAUAGUUAAUGUUUAAUUAUAAAGUUAUGGUUAUAUUACAGAGUGCAUUUUUAUGUAAGUAAUAUAUUUUUCACUGUAAAUAAUUAAAAAUAAUAGAUUUUUUAUUCAUAUUUUAUUUAUAACUUAAUAUUAUAUUUUUAUUGUAAUUAAUUAUUAUAUAUUUUUUUGUAAUCGUGAAUGAAAAUGCACGCUUGAAUAUACUUAUAUAGAACAUAAUAUUGUUAACAUAGACUGAUUAUAUAGAAUAAUUUGUGUAAAUAAAUAUAAUAGUUACUGUUUGUGAUUUACAAACGAAAUUAUUAAUUAUGUUCAUUUUUAAACGUAAUAAUGUUAAUAUUUCGUAAAAAUAAGGUGGUAGUCCAAAUAAUUGUAUGCGAGGGGAAUGAAAAUAAAAUUAUACUGUUUUUAAUAAUAA